UUCCGUUAUUCCAGGUAGCUUGAGAGUUGGGUGAGACAGCCAUGGAUUCCCGUUGCCUGCUGCUUCUGCUCGCCGCCAUCUCGCUCCUUGUUUCCGGCACAGCGGCCAUCCCCUUCCGAAAGGCGUACCGAAACAGCGCGGUGGACGACAACCUCCUCAAGGCCCUCCUCCGCGUGCAGGAGCUGGAGGAGGAAAAGGCUGCCGAAGAGGAAGCUGAGGAGGCCGUGGCGGAAACGAUAACCAAGGCUGCUGGAUGAAGAGGAGGCAAGGAGAGAGGAGGAGGCUUUAGCCGAGGAAGCGGCGGCAGAGAGAGCAGAGGACGCGCGCUUCAACCUGCCGGCUUACGACUUCGAGUAUCCGGAAUACGAAGAUCCUGAAGAGAUCCCUUCAAACGACAUCAAUGGCGAGCUGUAUGAACCCCUGCGCGCCGACACCCGUUCCCUCGAGCUGCCGUACAACAGCUACCCCCGGCAGCAGUACGAGGACGAAGUGGACCGAAGAGGCGACGACAAGUACGACCUAGACAAGUUAUAUCCCGACCUGCCUGACCCUGAUCCUGAACCGCAGAUCUCCGAACCGGAUGACGCGCUCAGCCCAGAAGAGUACGCCGCCCUUCUGGACUACCUCGGACUGCAGGAAGACACCAGACGUUCCGACGGUUACUACGACGACGAGGAAGUGAGCACCUUAGCCGAUUACGACCCGAGGAAGACAGCGAAGAGGACAAGAGACCGCGACGCCUACCAUCGCGCGUACAACAUGUUCUGGAGCAAGUUGGGCAAGCCACGCGAGGAACGACAAUGGGAGGACAGUACGGAUGAUGGCAUGGAGGAGCAGGACAACUGGAACGAAAGCGGCGCGUACAGAGUUCAGGAUCUGGGAGCGGACAAAAAGGCACUGGAGCGUCCGGGAGACCAGGGCAGAGUGAGCUGGCGUCAUCCCGGGAACGACGUGGACACAGGGUACACCGGGUACGAGCCCUACCAGAGAGAGAAAUACCCGUCUCCGUUGGAAGACAUGAUGGAAGCAUACGAACCUUAUGAAGACGAAGAAAGAUACCAGGAACGAAGUAGCCAACCCGAGUGGGGCGACAUCGCCCAAGACGAACAACAGGAUGACGACUACGAAACCUUCCUGACUCGGAACGAAAGAAACGACAAGAUUCUGGACGCGCUUUAUGAAGACCAGAUUCCAGCCAACGCAGUCGAUGCUGCAGACCCAGAAGAGGAAGAUGACAAGGACUUUGACAAGUACGAGAAAAUGGCCGAGGCCUUGCUGAGAGAGUAUCCCGAACUGGCUACCGCAGCGGAGAAGGUGCUAGACGAGAUCAUAGACGAAGAAGAUGCCGAAGACGCGGAGAGACGCGAAGAUGGCAUCUUCGGAGAUGAAGGAGAGGCCGAAGAACCAAGCUUCGAAGAAGAGCAGCAGAACAUCGAAGACAGGGCCGUGAAAAAUCCCCUGGAAGGGUACACACACAACAACAUCGACAUCCUUCAGAGGAAGCGGCUGUUCCAAGACGAAGGAGAAGAAGAGGAAGAAGAGGGGGAGGAGGGUGGUGGGGACAAGGAUGACGACGACAAACUUAGCUACUACGACAUUUUAAAACCAGAUGACGAGAUGGAUAAUGGCGAGGAGGCAGACAGUGACGCGGAGGAUCCGUACGCACUAGACGACGUCUACGACGCAAACGACGAAAAGAAAGCCGAUGUGGUAGAGGACUAUCCCGACGACUACCCCGACAUCCCUCCAGAAACAGCCGAAGACGAGCCGAGGAGCCCCGAAGCGGAAGACCUAGCCCUGGACGAGGACCGAGUGGAGGCCUUUCUGGACAAGGUGGAGGAUCUUCUCAAAGCGACUGAAGCAGUGUCCCCUCCACUCUGUCCAGUGAACGUGUCGGACUGUCACCUGAUAGAAAGCGGGAGUCCUCUCUCCUCCGGGCCGUACAAGGAGUACUUCACCGCCGUGUGUAACAGACACGAGGCCUGCUAUCAGUGUGGUUCCGCGCACGGUAUCUCGUCGUCCACCUGUGACCGCGCCAUGAAGUACGACCUGGCCGAGGUGUGCGACAUGCUGGCAGAGGUCGAAGGUCAGGACGUGGACGACAUGUGUAAGAUGAAGGGAGAGGCUCUCCACCUGGCCGCUCGACUCAAACGCGCUUAUCAGGAAACGACAGUGCCAGAGUGUAGCUACAAGUGCGUGAUGGAGUUCAUAGUGGGGUCAUAGCGCGGAGGAUCCGCACGAGGGCGCUUCUAUCCGAACAACCGCAGACAACAGCGAGUCUCGUUUGCCAAACACCAGACACCCUAUGCCUAACCGUCAGCACUGUCUAGCACUGUCCCUAGUCUCUCUGUCUACCGCUACUGGCUUGUGAUGGGUUGACUACCACUACAGGGAACAACAAAACGUUCCUUUGAGCUUUGUGUAGUUUCGAAGUGGAUCGCGAGGUGGCGUGCGUUACUCUCGUAACUCAAGAGAUGUUAACAGGCAUUGUGUGUGGUACACGCUAGUCGUAUCGACGCUGGGAUUUGCGAAAUUAACAUAUAACAGUUAAUUGCUACUUCUAUUACUUCAUGGUAAAGUUCAGUGCGUCCGUAAGUCCUGUAUUUUCAUGAUGCGUUGUUCAUAUGCCUUGCUGUUUCUUGAAAUUUAUGCUAAGUGCAGUGUUUAACAUUUGACAAGCAAUUCACGGAAUUGACUUUUUAAAGUAUUGGGGUUAUUUGAUUGAAAUGUCGAUGAAGAUGAGGGAAGUAUGGUGGUUGAACGAUACGUUUAAAGUACAACAUAUCUCUUUUUCAGCACUUGAAAAUUUGGCAUUUUUUGUCAUGUUGCUAGGAUGCUUUUAAAUUUGAGAAGGAAGUAUAAGAACAUCGGCAAUGAUCAUUUGAACGAUAUUCCGUAGUGCUGCAUUGGUGUCAACACAACAAGUCAGAUUAAAAAGGAGUAGAGGCAAGAGCAUUGUGAGAAUCCUAUACACAAGAGAAAACAUAUUGAGAAAGGAUUAUAAACUUAAAGACUGGUCUUGAAUGUUAGGUACAAAAAUGGCUGAAGUAACACCUUAAUUUUAGUGAUUCAAACACCAAUCUUUCACAAAUCCCUCAAGCUUGGAAUAGAAGACUCUUAACAAUCAGAAUACAGAAGAAGUGCCAGGUCUAAGUUUAAUAGUUAAAGCAGUCCAACCUAUAACUAUUGUCUAUCAAAACAUGCCUAUAACUGCUGGAAUAUUCUUACAUACCUAUGAUAAUGGAAGGUGAUUCUAGCUUGAUUACAGUUUCUUUGUGGGACCAUUCGUAAACCUAGGGCAGAAAUCUUACUCUGUUCUAUGACGUUGAAGUGCCACCUAUCAACUAUCUGCAGUACUGCAACUUUCGAAAAAGACAAUUGUACACAGGAAGUGAAAAUAAAUGCGGACUUCAGACAACGUAUAUUGUGAAAGUUCAAACAUACUGAGGAAAAAUGGCAAGAGAUGCUAAGAGAUAUGAAGAGCUCAGAGCUAUAUACACAAUCUAUUUUUGUCGUAGUUGAUGGUAUAGUAAAAAUGAUGUUGUUAUUAAUAACGUGAUAUGCAUUCAUGCUGGUUUAGGUAUGGUAUCUAUAUAAAGUCUACAGAUAUUUGAACGUACAAACAGGUCCUGACGUUACAACAGUAUUUUGAUGUCAACACAAAGAAAGAAACCGUGGUACAUAUGAAAUGGCAAACACAAUAUAACUUUAAUGUUAUGGAAAUAUAAACUUAUAAAUGAACUUAAGUAAAGGUAUAGGAGUCUCAAGCAAAUGUACUCUAAGUUGGGUGAGAUUCGCCAUUUAAAUUUUGAUCGGUAACGUCUUUUUCGAUUGUAACGUUCUAUGUUUAAAGACUUGACCUGUGCACAUUGAUUGUAUCGACUGGUUGAUCUGAAAUGUACCUUGAUGUUCACGUCGUUGGAAACGGUUUUUGGCGACGCCUCAUGGCCGGAGCCUUUUUGUUGUUGCUUACAGCCUGAAUACACAAAGUGUACAAGUUA